AAACGCCUCUAUUAACAAGGAACGGAGGGAGUAAGUAAUAACCACAUUCACCAAUUCCCAAAUUGACUGACUUUACCAAACCGUCGCCGCCGAUCGUGAAAACUAUCAGCUGUUAACACUGUCAGAAAGAGAAGUUAUAGUGCAAAUUUCAAUUGGAUAUAGAAUAACAUAAUGAGGCGUAGACCUGGAAUUGGAGGUUUGCAGAAUGCUGCUGCUGCUAGGGAUCAAUACCGAUUGCUUGGAGAAAAUGUGGCAAAAUUGCGGACAGAUCUCAUGAAAGAACAACUCGCCACAUUUCGUUCUCAGCUAGAAGACUUUGCCCGCAAACACAAGAAUGACAUCCGCAAGAAUCCAGCAUUUCGGUCGCAGUUUCAUGAGAUGUGUGCCAAAGUCGGAGUUGAUCCUCUGGCUUCUAAUAAGGGUUUCUGGGCUGAACUAUUGGGCAUUGGUGACUUCUAUUACGAACUUGGUGUCCAAAUUGUUGAUAUUUGCUUGGCUACCAGACCUCACAAUGGAGGUCUGAUCAGCUUGGAAGAGCUUUGUAAACUGCUUGGUAAAAGAAGGAAAGGGACUCGUGAGGCUAUCUCUCAGGAUGAUUGUUUGCGUGCCAUAAGUAAGCUGAAGGUCCUCGGGAACGGUUUUGAGGUGAUUUCUCUUGCCAAGAAGAAGCUUGUUAGAUCUGUCCCCACAGAGUUGAAUAAAGAUCACAAUGAAAUCUUGGAGCUAGCGCAGGGUCAAGGCUUUGUGACAGUUGAUGAAGUUCAGAGACGGCUCUCUUGGUCUUCUGGACGUGCAACUGAUGCCCUCGAGACUUUACUAGAAGAAGGUCUUGCCAUGAUUGAUAAUGGACACAAGGAUGGUAGAAGCCGAUAUUGGUUUCCUUGCGUAUCAUCUGUAUCUUCUUACUCAGCAUCUGAUGAUAUAUAAGGUUCGGUUCUUUAUCUUGUUUUAUGUAAUUUUGUACUCCCUCCGUUCUAAUAGAGGCAUUUUAUUUUGAGUACUCGUUUUGAAAAAAUGAUAAUACAUGGUUAAAGUAGAGAAAAAGUAAAGUACGAUAGAGAAUAGUGUAGAGAAGAGUAUUAUCUACCCUAUUCUCUAUCUUACUUUACCAUUUCUCUACUUUAACCAUUUAUUAUCAUUUUUUCAAAACGAGUGCUCAAAAUGAAAUGCCUCUAUUACUGUGGAACGGAGGGAGUAUAAUACAAUGGCUUAAUUGUCACAAUUGUGCUAAGGAGUGUUAUGUUGUUAAAUUUGUACGAAAUAUACCUGCUUUUGCGUUCCCAUUUUGGAAGGUUGACUAUCUGCACUGUUUUUUUUUAUUUGUAUGUAAGAGCGGAGAGCAAAUUGAUCCACCUGUUUAGGCAUUCAACUCUUGUUGAUGCUCAUUUAAGAUAUUAUGUACGUCCAUAAUAUAAUUUUCUUGAGAAUUCUCUUGAA